GGGAGGGAAAAAGGAGGGAGCGGGCUCGCGGGGGCCUGAAUGUCCGGCCUGCGGGCGCUGCUGGGGCUGGGGCUGCUGGUCGCCGGCUCGCGACUCCCGCGCGUCUUGGCGCGACGUGGGUCCCACUGUCCGGGGCCCGCCUGGUGGGGGGCAAGGCAGAUGCAUCCAGGGGACUCCGCCAUGGCGGGCCAAACCGUGAAAUACUUGAGCCAGGAGGAGGCCCAGGCUGUAGAUGAGGAACUCUUCAAUGAGUACAAAUUCAGUGUGGAUCAACUCAUGGAGCUGGCUGGGCUUAGCUGUGCUACUGCCAUCGCCAAGGCUUACCCGCCCAGUUCUUUCAACAGCAAUCCCCCAGCAGUCCUGGUCAUCUGUGGCCCUGGAAAUAAUGGGGGUGAUGGCCUUGUCUGUGCCAGGCACCUCAAACUCUUUGGCUAUGAGCCAAAGAUCCAUUAUCCCAAGAAGCCAAGCAAGCCACUCUUUGAUGCUCUGGUGACACAGUGUCAGAAGAUGGACAUCCCCUUUCUGCCUGAGAUGCCCCCUGAGCCAAUGCUGAUUGAUGAGCUGUAUGAACUGGUGGUAGAUGCCAUCUUUGGCUUCAGCUUCAAGGGUGCUGUUCGAGAGCCAUUUGGAGCCAUUCUGAGUAUCCUGAAUGGGCUUACGGUGCCUAUUGCCAGCAUUGACAUCCCCUCAGGGUGGGAUGUGGAGAAGGGGAACCCAGAUGGCAUCCGGCCUGACUUACUCAUCUCACUGACAGCUCCCAAAAAGGCAGCUUCUCUGUUCAAGGGCCGACACCACUACCUGGGAGGCCGUUUUGUGCCAUCUGCCUUAGAGAAGAAAUACCAGUUGAACCUGCCCCCCUACCCAGCAACUGAUUGUGUCCUGCAGCUGCAAUGAAGAAAGGCUGAUGUGCCUCCAAUAAAGACUUGAAUUCAUUUUUAA